GAAAUGGCUACAGUACCAGAGCAACAGGUACUCUACAAGUGGGAUUUCAAGAGGGAAGUGGUAUAUGAGGAAUAUCCGGAACCACCAGCGGAGCCGGAGCCAGAGGCUGCGAAAAUCACGGAAGUGAACCCGUUUUUGGCUUAUGGCGUAGUCCUCACCUUCUUUAUUGUAAAUUUCGAUUUCCUUCGGGUCUCAAUUAUGGCUAAUCUUUUUCUAACCCUUAGCCAUGGCUGGAGCCAGUUCUUCUUCUAGCGAGUUUCUCAUCUUUUUCUAACCCUUAGCCAUGGGUGGAGCCAGUUCUUCUUCUAGCGAGUUUCUCAUCUUUUUCUAACCCUUAGCCAUGGGUGGAGCCAGUUCUUCUUCUAGCGAGUUUCUCAUCUUUUUCUAACCCUUAGCCAUGGGUGGAGCCAGUUCUUCUUCUAGCGAGUUUCUCAUCUUUUUCUAACCCUUAGCCAUGGGUGGAGCCAGUUCUUCUUCUAGCGAGUUUCUCAUCUUUUUCUAACCCUUAGCCAUGGGUGGAGCCAGUUCUUCUUCUAGCGAGUUUCUCAUCUUUUUCUAACCCUUAGCCAUGGGUGGAACCAGUUCUUCUUCUAGCGAGUUUCUCAUCUUUUUCUAACCCUUAGCCAUGGGUGGAGCCAGUUCUUCUUCUAGCGACGACGAUGAAGACGAGGGAGCCAGAGCUGAGCGUAAGAGAAAGAAAGCUGAAGACGAGGCAGCCGAGGCAGCGCGAAGAGAGAGGGAGAAAGAAUUGGAGUUAUGUUUCAACACUGGACCAGGUAGCACUACGAACCAACGCCCAUUAGAAUGAGUGAAGCGCAUAGCCAUAGCCGUAGUGCCAGCCCAUUGCUAUCCUCUAACCGACGAGCUGGGCCGCAUUCUAGAAGAGGAAAAGCGGGGACCGCCAAAAUGGACGGUGACGGAGAAAUUGCGGAAUUUUGACCAGGUCGCUGCCGGCUAUCACAGUUUGCAGUUGAGUCUGCAUUUUAACAACAAGAUCCACGAGAGCAAUCUGAUCCUGACGUUAUGAACAAGGGGAAGUGGCAGGCUUGUUUGAGUUGUUUCCUGUAGUUGAUCCCGUGGCUCUUUGGCAUUGAUUAAGCGGAAUCUGUUUAUGCAGUUCUGCUUUAGAUUCAGUCAGUCACUUCGUCAACGGUCGAAAAAUCGCUGAAGAAACAACUGCAAAGACCUUCUUCUAAUCUCAGCUUUCCCGAUCUGUUGCAAGUUCCAUCCUUUGUGCUUCAACUACGGAAGUAGCCACUUCCUCACGUCAGCACUCUACGGAAACUAUGGAACCCGACUCCGGUAUCUUAGCCUUUCCUAUUGCGCAGACGUGGACACAAACAUUUUGAGGGUAGUCGCGCUCAGGUGUCCGAACCUCAUGGUUUUGGACCUAACUGGUAUCGUCCGCGAAGGCCACAAACGCCUCAAGGAGCUGAUUAUGGAGAGGGGUGGCCGUGGGAAAAUGGAGAAUGACAGGGUAUUUGUGGAUGCCAGGAUGGAGGAGGAGCUUUUGGGAGGACACUCAGGUAGCGAACACGAAGACGACGCUCGUCCUGACAGUAGUGCAAGCCACAACGUAAUAGGAGAAGGCGUUUUCCGCGAAAACUCCCAUAACCAUAUGGGUGGCACUCACACAGCUGAUGCUGCUUCGAAUCUAGUAGGCAGACAAGACACGAUCAAAGAGGAAGAGGAAGAUCGAGGUCCGAUAGGUAUCGCGGUAGGGGCUGUCUCAGAUGCAAGUAGAUGGGAAUUCGGGUCAGCGACGAAAGACGUAGUGCCAUUGGAGAUCGAGCCGAACGUUCAUCCAAUGAUAAGUGGAGGCUUGAGGCCGCAAAGGAGACUGUCGGCGGGUAACUUGGUGGAUGGUCCUUUAUGGCGUGGGGGUGGGCGUCAUCAUACUUAAAUAUUUCCAGAUCUAGUACCAGAAGUAGUUCUCUUUUUGCUUUCGACGUCUCUUACUCUUCUGCCGUUCUUGUCAGUCGCUCGACCUUGUCGAGGUUCAGUCCUCUCCCUUCUAACUCCCGUCCCCUCCUCCUCUUCCAGUAAACGUGCCCCAACCGCCGGAUCGACUAAGCGAGUCUCCACUGCUGGGUCUUCUCACAGCCCCUCGAAAAGCAGAACAAGACCAAGCUCAGCCGGACGAGGAGAGAGAGUGCCGCAAGACGAAGCGGACGAAAUCUAUGAUGAAGAGGAGAAGAAAGUCGGAGACGAGGUAACUGUGUCUAUUCCUCAAGCGCACACAAAAGAGCAUAUGCACAUGAUGCGAGGAACGUCUAGGACGAACAGUAGAGCGACAAGUAGAGGCAUGACGGAAUUGUCGAGUAUCAAUAAUCCGACGCCUGGGAGUCACUAUUAUGGAAGAGAACACGAAAUGGAGAUCAUAUCUAAUGUCUGUCGCGCCUAUUAGUAGGAUGAGGGUGGCGCCAGAGGUUUAGACACGGCCAAGAUGUCGAUCACCCAGUCGUAAAAGCAAUUUCGUUAGUCUGGAUCAUGCACUGCAUUAUUCCAACUGACGCACCCCUUUUCAUCUCCCCCGCGAGAAAGUAACGCGCUACGCCGAUGCAGUCGCAACAGCGAAGAGGGUAAAUUUGCAGAAAAUGAACGACUUGAUGUUUCAUGAAAAAGAUGAGGACUACGACAGAUUCCAUGACCUCCUGCCUGGCGUGCCUAUCGAUGCUCUUUGCACCCUGAUAGAGGAGCAUCCUUAUUUGUAUGGCGGACGAGUCAGAAUUCGAACCGUUAGUAAUUCAGUGGCAUCAUGUCACUGACAUGAUGAGACGUCUAAAGCCAUCCCAAUAGCACCUUUAGACGCUGUUCAUUUUCGGUGGAAUAAUUGGAAAGCUAUCGCUGCUGAUAUGUUCGGUAUGUAGAAAGCUGUGCUAGUGGGCCCGGAGUGAGAAGGCCCUAUAACUCCGCAGUUUAGUAAGCCUUUGCGCUUUUGGUGAUUGUUUGUUUGUUCAUAUACUGGCUGUUUCUCCUUUCGGCUUUGAGCCUUUUCGCUGCGAUGCUCGUGCAUCUUUUUCCUUCUCCAUCCUUCCCUUGUGCUUGUGGAGCGUUGUUCGCGCUUGUGCGCGUUGUCACGGCCUUGGCAGGCUCGUGCCGUGUUUGCUUUUAAGAGCAUGGUUUUUGUCUUUGUUUGGUCUUGUCUGUGUGAGUGUUUCUUGAUUGUCGUGCCUGCGUUCACUGCUCUUGUUGCUGGCCAGCUUGGCGUCGUGGUUUCCUUCCGAGUUCUUUGGUAUGGCUCGUCAUGCUGUGCCAGCGUGGGUAGUCCCACGGCGGCCACAUGUCCAUGCCUGCGCUCUUGCUCUUUGCGCUCGCGUGAGGCCGCUCUUGAUCUCUAUAGGCUCUUCUUCCUAUCAUUCAUACUCAGGCUUCAUCGUGCGGCCUUUUAAUAUUAUUUUAUUACAAAGGAAAUCAAAUGAAUAUGGAGAUGUUGGAGAUGGGGUCUUGUCCGAAAGUAGCACUACUUGAGUUGAGUUCCCCAAUACCCUCGCUCUUGCAUGUUUUGCGUCGCCACUCUGAUAAACGGAAUCUAUCCCCUCUAACGGCCAAAAGUCGUGAUCGCGAGUGAAUGUCGUUUAGAGCCCGACAGCAUACUGCGUCUUCUCUACGCAGCUUCGGUCUCCAACCAGCAUGGCCUGCACCACCUGGAGAUAGCAAGAGCUAGGGACAUUUUAAGGCCGACUCUUAUCCAUCUUCUGCGGCAUCCUGAAGAGGCUUCUCAAGGGCAAAGAGCCCCCAAGCAAGAUGCGCGUCAAGAUGGAUCGGGGUGAGCUCUAAAAACUCUCGGAAAAGACUUCGAAUUCGAUACCUGGGAUCAAGUGAUCAUGACCUUGGACGAAUACGUGCUCAAACGUGGCGAGCGGGUAGUGGAUAGAGGUGAAUUCGUGGCCUACGAAGCGGGUAUCGCAUGGAGAAAACAACCAAAGCCACACACUGUGUCGAGUCAACAUUAUGGCACAAACUCAAACGCUACCUCCUCCUCCUUGAUGUUAGUGCCCAUUUCGCCUAUUUCUUACUCUUAGACAUUCAGCAGAAGAAUUUGGUGAGCUUCACACUCGCCAUCGCCCUCUCACGGCCACCUCCCACCUCUAACCCCCACGUGAAGGCUACGGAGACCGUGCACCAGUACCACUGGCCCUCCAAGCCUUGGUGGAUCACGUGGAAAACAAGAAGCAGGCCUUAAUCAAAGAACGAGAAGAAGCUGGAUACUCGAAACUCAAAGUCGGCGCCAUCCAUGACAAGAUGCAGGAAGUUUACGACAUCAAGGACGACUGAGAGAGAGAGAAAAAGUGUGGAUGUGGAUAAGAGGGAAACCUCCAUCAAAAGAAGACAGUGUAGCUGUACUCCAUCUACCACGCUUCGUUGUCGGUCAUCCUAUUUGGUAGCCGUAGCAGUAAGUCAUCAAAAAAAAAACUCAAGAAAGAUCCCAUUUUUACCCACUUCUACAGUGUAGCUGCUUUCUUCCUCUAACAUCCCCACAAACUGAUGACGCAUCCACAGUUACAGUUCUACGAAGACUAUGCAGAUCCACCGGAGCCAGACGAUGAAACCUUGCUGGCCAUGGCAGCUUCAGGGAAGACUGAUAUUGCAUGAACGGCUGAGACUCUGGAAAAGCUGAGCUGACUCUGGGUGACGUGGUGGGAGAUGGGGCGGUGUGUGAGAUGGGACGGUGUGUGAGAUGGGGAUACGAAAAGGAGAACGCAGUGACGAAAUUUUUGCACCGAUUCGAUUUUACGGGGUGGCUUUCUCUCUGAUGUGCGAUUUAGAUGCACUGCGACCGACGGAACCUAAUGUACUAAGCGGUUUUUGUUUUCUGACUGACUUACUUUCUUUCUUACUGAGACUCCUGAUACUGGUACUGACAAGUUAUUUAGCGAUGCGAAGCUCAACACUAACCACAUUAACACUGCAGCAGAAGAUCUCUCAAGUUAAGAAGUUCCUGACGAAAUUAGCUGCAGGGCCGACACGGAGUUGCGUGAUCGCAAUGUGUCUAAAACAGGCUGCACCCUGCUGAUGAAAUUAACGAUGUACUUACUGUUUCUUGUACAGCUACAGACUCAGGCCAUACCAGCAAAAAUCCAUGCAGCGGCAGACAUCGCCAAAAAUGCACACCAUGGCGUGAAAGUAGUACUAGAAACGAUAAAUGUCUAGCACGCUGACGUCACGCACGACAACGACAAUUCCCUUUUAUUACUUUAUUCUACUUUUCCCAAUCCCAACAUUUCGACUUGUUUACUGGUAGGAAAGUGGAUCGGCCACAAAAUCAAAAGUAUAGCUUGCUGUAGAUUCUGAUUCUGUUUCAGCGCGUAACGAGUGCAAUUUGAAUUUCCAUUUUUCCAAUCGCAAGAAGAUGAAGCUGCUUCCACCAAUCUUCUAGCAACAAAUAAAGAGGCGGACAAGAUGAAAACCAGUGAAGCCAUUAUAUCAAGAAGAGAAGUCACUCGCCCGUAAGGUGAAAGGACGAGCGGACUCGCGUAUCUUACAUGUGCUGACGUUCCAAAGCCCAACGACAUCUCCCUGAUCAACGACAGCUGUCA